AUGGACAUAAAAGAUAGUAAUGGAGUAGUAUUCAGUGAAAUUACCCCUAAGGAUGGUGUCCUCAUAACAUCUGUUGUAUAUGGAGAGACCCCGCCUUUUACAGCCGUUGGAGAGGAAAAGUGCCAAUUAGUGGGAUCUUAUACAACUGGAAAUGAAGUGGUUCUCUACCUAGAAAUUAAUGACAAUGGUGUUGAGAAGUUUAAAUACUUUGAGAAAGUUGGUGAAACAUGGAAUGAGGUCGAUGAAAAAGGAUUUGAUGAUAAGUUUAUACCACUGAUGGGAGGAUCUGUAACAUAUGGUACUCUUGAUCUUGCCAGUCCAGAUGAGUCUAAAGUGGAUAUUCUCAGAGCUAGUAGGAAUGAAGUGGAGAAGAAGGAGUAUUAUCCAAAGGAUACUUCCAAGAUUACUACUGUUAUGGAUGGUAAUAAGGAACUAUGGAAGAAAGAUGAAGAUUAUCAAAAGUUCCUAUCUGCAACAUUGUCAUCCAAGGGAAAGUCAUAA